AUGGCUCUCGGGGUUCUCCCAAGUCAGGUCCAUGGCUGGCCUCUCUGUCUCGGCGAUUCGGACGCAGAGUCCUCCUCGGCGCCUCUCGAUACUCCCCCCUCGCCCUUGAGUGCUGCAAACGGUAACCGCGCUAAUGGGGUCGGCAACGGCCAUCGCCCACACCCGGAUCCUCCCUCGCGAUUCGUCGAGGCCCUUCAGACCCUAGGCCUUGGCCCGUCCAAUCGGUCCCAUGCCGGAGUCUCGGUAUUCACUGCUGUUCUGCCCGCAACUGACGGCUACGUCGCCCGCUCCGACUUUCUGCAGCUCCGCCUCCAGGACUUCCCAUUCCCCAUCUCCAAGAUCCAGCACUGCGUAGAACCGCUGAAAAAGUAUACAGCCCGCAGGUCGUCACCAGCGGCCUCGGUCAACUCGGAGGACGGGUUGGCCGAGCUCAUUGAGCAGGCAGCGGGCGUGAUCCAAUGGGGCGACCUGGAGGCUUCCGUGUCCAUCCUCCAGCUCCAAGAGUAUCUUCUUGGGCUAACGCACGAGCUGCGGGACCGCCUCAACAACGCUCCCUGGCUCACCCCGCGCCCCAUCCCCCGCAGGCGGGUGGCCCUCAUCAGGGGCCGGCCCAACCUGACGGCCGGCGGGCACGUCUACCGUGCCGCGAGGGCACUGGGGAUUGACCUCGUCAUCGUCGACGACGAAGGCCACUGGCUGCAGCCCGACACGGACGACAACCGCCAGCACCGCGAGGCUUUCCUCGCCGUCGAUAUGACCGAGGACGCGGGCGUCGCCGACCGCAUCGCCGACGCCAUCGCGAGCUACCCGCUGCCAAUCCACGGCGUCUUCACCCUCUCCGACAACUUCUUCGUCACCACCGCCCGCGUUGCCGCCCUCCUCAACCUCCCCGCCAACCCGGUCUCGGCCUUCGAGAUCUCGGUCGACAAGCACCGCUCCCGCCAGCUCCAGGACGCGCCCGGCCACACCGCCCGCGUCUCCAGCGUGGACGACCUCGACGCCCUCCUGUCCUCGGCCACCUUCACCCCGCUGUACCCGCUCAUCGUGAAGCCGACAAAGGGCUGGUCGUCCGAGUGCGUCAGCAAGGUGUCGUCCCCGGCCGACCUCGCCCCGGCCGUGGCCAAGGCCACCGCCCGCCACGGCAGCGCCGCCGUCAUCGAGCCAUUCUUCGACGGUCCGGAGAUCGACGUCAACUUUGUCAUGCUCGACGGCGAGGUACUCUUCUGCGAGGUCGCCGACGAGCCGCCCUGCCAGGCCGACCGGCGCGACGCCAGCGUGCUCGACACCUUCAGCCCCGAGGCGCUGACCAUGCCGAGCGCCCUGCCCGCACGCGAGCAGGCCCUCGCCAGGGACACCAUGCGCGACGUCCUGGUCCGGGCCGGGUUCCGCACCGGAGUGUUCCACGUCGAGGCCAGGAUGGUGAGCUCGGCCGUGGCCUACGGCGAUGCCGGCGAAGGGGUGGUCGAUCUCGUGCCCAAGACGAGGAAAUAUGGGGAUGAGGAGGAGCAGAAGCAGAAGCAGAAGCGAGGGCAGGAGGACGGAGAAGAGAAGCCGGAGAAGGCGGCCUGCAAGCUGCUCGAGAUCAAUGCGCGCCCGCCCGGGUACCGGGUCAGCGUGCCGUCGGGGCACACGUACGGCGUGGACUUCUUCGCGGCGCACAUGCUCGCCGCCGUGGGGGACCACGACCGGCUGCGGCUGGCGGCCCGGCCGUUCGACCACGCGCAGGAGGGCAGGACCCGGGGCGCCCAGUACUGGUCGCGGCUCGUCUACGUGCCCGCGCCCAGGGCGGGCGUGGUCCGGUGGCCGUCGGGCCUGUCCCCCUGCGAGGAGCUCAAGAAGCGGCGGCCGGACCUCAGGGACAGGAUCGUCGUCGCCGUCGACUACUGCGUCCCCGGGGAGCGCGUCGGCCUGUACACGGACGGCGCGAGGACGUACGUCGCCCACCUGCUGGUCUGCAGCAGGACGAGCAGGAGGGAGGCGAUCCAGAUCGGAGAGGAGGUGCUGAGGGAGUUCUACAUCGAAAUCGAUGGCGGCGAGACGGAGAAUGGCAUGUAA